ACGGCGAGCGCGGCGGCCUCAGUGGGUGCGCGGCGGCGGCGGCGGCGGCGAAGAAGAAGGCGGGGGAGCGGCAGUCGGACGAGGCGGCGGGCGCGGCCGGAGGCGGGCGAGGCGCGGGCGGCGGCGGCGCGCGGGGCCGGCAGCGGCGGCGGCGGCGGCGGAGGGGCGGAAGAUGGCGGACGUGCUGAGCGUCCUGCGACAGUACAACAUCCAGAAGAAGGAGAUCGUGGUGAAGGGGGACGAAGUCAUCUUCGGCGAGUUCUCCUGGCCCAAGAACGUGAAGACCAACUACGUGGUGUGGGGGACCGGAAAGGAAGGCCAGCCCAGGGAGUACUACACGUUGGAUUCGAUCUUAUUUCUCCUCAAUAAUGUGCACCUUUCGCACCCUGUGUAUGUCCGACGUGCAGCCACUGAAAACAUUCCUGUGGUUAGAAGACCCGACCGAAAAGAUCUGCUUGGCUAUCUCAACGGUGAAGCAUCAACGUCGGCAAGUAUAGACCGGAGUGCCCCUCUAGAAAUCGGUCUUCAGCGAUCUACUCAAGUCAAACGAGCUGCAGAUGAAGUGUUAGCAGAAGCAAAGAAACCACGGAUUGAGGAUGAAGAGUGUGUGCGCCUCGAUAAGGAGAGAUUGGCUGCUCGCUUGGAGGGUCACAAAGAAGGGAUUGUACAGACGGAACAGAUUAGGUCUUUGUCUGAAGCUAUGUCGGUGGAAAAAAUUGCGGCAAUCAAAGCCAAAAUUAUGGCUAAGAAAAGAUCUACCAUCAAGACGGACUUAGACGAUGACAUAACUGCGCUGAAACAGAGGAGUUUUGUGGACGCUGAGGUAGACGUGACCCGGGACAUUGUCAGCAGAGAGCGCGUGUGGAGGACGCGGACAACGAUCCUCCAGAGCACGGGAAAGAACUUUUCCAAGAAUAUUUUUGCAAUUCUUCAGUCUGUGAAAGCCAGAGAAGAAGGGCGUGCACCUGAGCAGCGACCGGCCCCCAAUGCAGCACCUGUGGAUCCCACAUUGCGAACCAAACAGCCUAUCCCAGCUGCCUACAACAGAUACGACCAGGAAAGAUUCAAAGGGAAAGAAGAAACGGAAGGCUUCAAGAUUGACACGAUGGGCACCUACCACGGGAUGACGCUGAAGUCCGUGACGGAGGGUGCGUCAGCCCGUAAGACGCAGACUCCUGCAGCACAGCCAGUACCGAGACCAGUUUCUCAAGCAAGACCUCCUCCUAAUCAGAAGAAAGGUUCUCGCACACCCAUUAUCAUAAUCCCUGCCGCUACCACCUCCCUAAUCACCAUGCUCAACGCCAAGGACCUGCUGCAGGACCUCAAGUUUGUCCCAUCGGAUGAAAAGAAGAAGCAGGGCUGCCAGCGGGAAAACGAAACGCUGAUCCAGAGAAGGAAAGACCAGAUGCAGCCGGGCGGCACCGCGCUCAGCGUCACGGUGCCCUACCGCGUCGUAGACCAGCCCCUGAAACUCAUGCCUCAGGACUGGGACCGGGUCGUGGCCGUUUUCGUGCAGGGUCCUGCGUGGCAGUUCAAAGGGUGGCCAUGGCUUUUGCCUGAUGGAUCACCAGUUGACAUAUUUGCCAAAAUCAAAGCCUUCCAUCUCAAAUACGAUGAAGUCCGUCUAGACCCCAACGUGCAGAAGUGGGACGUCACCGUGCUGGAGCUCAGCUACCACAAGCGCCACCUGGACAGGCCGGUCUUCCUGCGCUUCUGGGAGACACUGGAUAGGUACAUGGUAAAGCAUAAAUCCCACUUGAGGUUCUGAAUUGCGUGGUCUCCCCGGCUGGAGAUCUGGGUGAAGAAGCAUGGCUAUACCUUCAUCUAAAGACUGAGUGUCUAUGAAUUCAUCCAACACUCACCAACGAAGAAGGUCACGGGCGAGCACACGAUCUCAUCCGAUGCUUUUGUCUUCAAAGGGAUCAUAUGAUGCCUGUCAUUCAUAGAAGCAAACUUUUUGGCCUACAACUAUUUUUUUAAUAUUAGCCUUCUAGUCUGUAAUGGAAAUUGUAUAUUUUGAUAGAAGUUUUUUCUCCAUUGGUUAAACUAGCAUUACUUAAAAUGUGUUUCUUUAGCAAAUGCAGGUUGUUCAUGUGUGUAUAUUUGGAGGUGAUGAGGCUCCAGGAGCCAUCUUGCUUCUGAUUUUUCAUUGCUCUAUAAUUCCUCGUACUGGAAAUGCUGUGUUAUGAAUGGUAUUAAAUAUUAGUUUCUGGAACUUGCAAAACCAAGCAAAGGGAUGUGACUAUUUUGAAUGAAUCAGAAUGUCAACCUGUAUGUAGACCAUAUCUAUACUUAGUCUUUAUUUAAAAAGGAAUAAUGAAAAAUCAAGAACACUUCUUCAGCUUUGGUUGAACUACUUAGCCUUUUCGAGACUUCUUUACUUAUAUUGAAUACAUUGAAUGAAUGUA